ACUUAAGUAUUUCUGCCUUACCAAACAUUGUGCUCAUUACUUUACCUUCCUCCUCUCUGUUUUUUGUCCAGUCAUAUAUUUUCUCUCAUUUUUGUUCCCUUUUCAUAUAUCUUCUUCUUACAUCUUUUUUCCCCUCUGUGUCAUUCUUUUUAAACCCUGUCCUUCUGUCUCUCCUUUCUGACAUCUCACUUCUGUCCACUGCCUAACUCAACCUUCCUCUUGCCAUUUCUUCUGUUCCUUUGGUCACUGCCCUUUUCCUCCCUUACAUUUACAUAUAUUUUACUUUAAUAUUAUGCAUAUAUAGGUAUACAUAUAUUUCCACUCCACAUCUUUCGCUCUCGAGCUGAAAACAAGAAAUUACUCAUGCUGAUAGUCUGGUCCUAUUUCAUCCCUUUCUUAGCACCUGAAGUGCACUGCUCCUGCCCAUCCUCAAACAUCUGUAUUGGGUAGACUGAAGAAUUAAGUGUGUGGGAAAUGUUCCUAAAUUCAGAUGUGUACUUGAGCAAGCAUCUUGCUGAGGCUGCACUGUGAACAGAGCAGAUGUUGUGUUCCCACUGACAGUACCAGAGGAGGACUUCAAGCCCCUCGAACUCAAGAACCUAAUGACAUUCUUUUUAUGUUUCUCAUUUUCAGGGUUGGGGUUUUUUUGUAAAUAAAAAUACUUAAAUUUUAAGUGAAGGACACUGCCAUAUCCUUGAAAUAUGUCUUGGAUGCUGGACUGACCCAAAAUAAGACCUCACAAAACAUUUUUCUUUUUUUUCCCCCCAAUUGUUUUGCUUUAUGCAUGUGUUAAGCCAUUUUUGUGCUGCUAUUAGAAGAAAUAGCUGCGCAAAAGUGGCUUAACAAAUGCAAAAAGUGGAGAAAUGCUUUCUCCUCAGCAGAGCUAAGCUCUUCCUCUGAAAAGGGUUCUGUGUGGGGUGAGACUGGGAUUUCAGCUUGUCAGCUUUCCUUUUUUCUGGAGCCAGAGGGAGAGAAGAGAGCUGUGACUGCAGUAUCAUAUGCAUUGGGUGGGAGAUGGAAGAAUAGAUGCAUAAUCCAAAAAUGCUACAUUAACCUCAGAGGAUGGGGGGAAGAGUUGUUUAAUAUUUUUUUCCUUUGACUGUCUCUGACAACAAACACCAUCAUUGGGAAUCAAAGGCAAUUGUUAGAUUUUGCUAUUUAGAUAAGAGUCUCAGUUUUAAAAAAUAUAAUUUAUUAUUUAAACUACUUUUUUUUGUUGUCGUUCAAAGAGCUUACUACUAACUGGCUGGAAUGAAAACAGCUCCAUCCCACGGAUUCCACCUCUGCUUUCUGGCAGCUUACCUGACUCAUAAAGAGAGUGGGGGGUUUUGUGCCACCUACAUCAACUCAACAUUUUCCUUUGUGGUGAGACUUAAUCACCACCCUUGGCAUAUUAUUUCAUCGACCCUCUUGGAGUAGGAAUUCUUUACCUUUCAAACCAGCCUUAAAAGUUCUUAUAAAACAGUGUGAGGGUUUUUUCCUGAAUUUGGUGAAAGUACAUAGGUGGUCCAAUGCAGCAAGGUUUUCAGUGUUAUUAUUUAAAAGAUAACCUUUACCUGAGGACCAUGGAAGAGAGAGUUUCCAUUUGCUAAGGACAUAACUCUGACAUGAGAUGUGUCACCUGGAGAGUUGAAAUCCAUCAGCUGAAGGUAGAGGACCAUCCCCCAGGUUCUCACUGCAGGUGGUGUGUGCUGAGGGGGAAACUGGGAGCUCUUAGCCACAGUGAUCAAGGAUGUGAGUGGGCAAAGUUUGUCAGAGACAGUGGCUAUAUUAGACAGAGUCAGGGAAGACAGACAUGCCUUUGGGAACAUCAGAUCUCUCCUUAUAACCUGUUUGUGUAACCUCUGUGACUGUCUCUUGUGGGGAGAGAGAUCAUAUGAAGUAGACUGUACUUGUCAAGCAGAAAAUACUGCAUGGGAGAAGACUGCAAGGUGGAAAUGAAAACACACAGGUGGCGAUGCAAUGGGUACAGGAGGCAAUGGAAGAAGGGGUAGGAGAACAGAGCCACCCCAGGUUGUUGGGAGUUAAAAAGAGGACAUGAGUUACACUAGAAAGCUGGGGCAGAAAGCGUGUGACAUUUUUUCUGAAGAAAUUCUUGAAAUGAUGUGGGGGAAGGGCAGAAAGGAAGGUAUUCUGAAGCUCAGCACUUAAAGAUAAAACCUAGUGUGAAGAGAGGCCGGGGAAGGCAUUUGGUAAGAGUCUCCUCAUUUCUCUAUUACAAAGGCAGGCAGAAUCAAGGAAGAUGAAGGAAGGGGGAAAAUUGAAAGGACUGAAGUGAACCAUUGGUAAAUAUCAAAGAAGGAAGCGUAGGGAAGGGAGGCUGCUUCCACGUUGACAGAAAGGCAGAAGUCCUCUUUGGGUCCUCUGGGGGACCUGGAAAUUGACUGAGUCACAAGUGGGUUCUACAAGAUGGGUGACAGAGAACAUCCUGUUAGGAAGGAGCUGUCUGACCAUACCUAAUAUAAAUAUAGGCUGUUUUCAUUCUGGAUCUGUUUGUCCUAAAAUGCACUGCAGGUGCAGCAGCUCUGCUCUGAAGAUAUGGAGGCUGCAGCUGUCUGGACCUUCCAGUACCACCCUCCUUUUGCCAGAAUUAACCCCAUAUUGUCUCUUCUCCUGCACUGUGGGUCCUCAGCCCAGCUCCAGUCAUCCUCCUUAUCGACUGCAGCUGCCUGAUAACUGGGACACAGCUCAAGAAAAGGACUUAGCAGUCACCUGCAAAGAUAUUCUUCUGGAAGCAGAGGCACUAGUGAGCCCUGUGGAAGGAGUAUGCUGGGAGAGGCACCAGCAGGGAGGGAGAAGAGCACAGGCUCCAAGACGCAGCGAAAGAGCUCUCAGGAUGCCAGAGCCAGCAAAGUCAACCUCAGCUCCCAAAAAGGGCUCCAAGAAAGCCGUGACAAAGACCCAGAAGAAGGGUGAUAAGAAGCGUCACAAAAGCAGGAAAGAGAGCUACUCCAUCUAUGUCUACAAGGUGCUGAAGCAGGUCCACCCUGACACGGGCAUCUCCUCCAAGGCCAUGGGCAUCAUGAACUCCUUCGUCAAUGACAUCUUUGAGCGCAUUGCUGGGGAAGCCUCCCGCCUGGCCCAUUACAACAAGCGUUCCACCAUCACGUCCCGGGAGAUUCAGACCGCCGUGCGCCUGCUGCUGCCCGGGGAGCUGGCCAAGCACGCGGUCUCAGAGGGCACCAAGGCUGUCACCAAGUACACCAGCUCCAAAUAGCCAGCGUCCCCUGUGCAGCGGGACACCCAGCACCGGGCCCUGCGCGCCAGCACGGGUAGGCAGCCAUGGUCUGGGUGAAUGGUCCCAGCUAUUAUCCACAGCAAUUCGCAGCCUGGGCGUGGGCAUGAGAAGCUGCCCAGGGGAAGAGGAGACAGCGAUCUGGAUGUCAGCUGAUUUUCAUCAUCUGUUCAGGAUGUGGGAAGGAUUUGCCAAGGCUGGUAGUGGAGGCCCCUGCUUUUACAUCUCAUUCAAAGGACUGACCAGCCGUGGUAUAUCCAGUCUCCUCUGUGCUUGGCAAACAUUCACGUUUGGCACUGGGAGGGGGGACUGGCAGCGGGAACACAGAGACACCAUCACUGAAGUCUUCCUGUUUGACUGCUUCUCACAGUCAUCUGAUGUGGGUACUGAAGAGUCAGCGCUGCAUCCUCUCUCUCAGAGCCUGAAUCCCUCCUGGUGUGCAGUGGCUCAGCCCACCCUGUGCUGGCAGAAGUGGCAUCAACAGCUACAGGCACAUAUUGAUUCAACAGCUAUCUGUGCUUGACAGCCUGUUUUAAAGAGCAAGCCUGGCAGGCAGGCAGAUGCCCAUGUUGAUACCAAGCACUAAUCCUCCUCCUUGCUCCUGAUGGAUGAGCCAUGGAGCAGGAUGAGGGUGCUGGUGCUGGAGCUGCCCACUGCCUCCCACCUUGUGCUGAGGUGGAGGGAUGGACAAGGUGGGAUGUUGGGAGUGGGUCUCUGUCUUGCCUGGCUGCUGCUUUGCCUGCCUUAGGACUUGCUUUGGCAUGCAAGACAUUGCUAAUUCUGCUGCUUUUCAGAGACUUUUCCUGCCUUGAUGCUGCCUGGGUUUUCCCUUCCACCAUAAGUGUGGGCAAGAUGGGGUGGUGCCCAAGGGGGUCCCCUCUCCUGUGAGCAAUAGGGUGGUGCAGGACAAACAGCACAGAAGUUUUGGGCAGGGACUGAGGAUUUGGGAAGGCAUCUGGUGUGGGAGCACAGUGGUUAGUGCAUUUUGAGGGGUGGGAGGAAGCUGGCUCCCCACACAGAUCACUGCAGGCAUCUUGCCUGGCUCUGCCCUCCCUAAUUCAUUCAGCAGUUAGAAAUCAAAAGCAAAAUUGGGGGCUGGGUAGAUAUACAGGGACACUUGCCUGCAUCCCAGAUAUUUAAAAUAUUAAAUAGUUUUAAACUACUUCAGAUACUCCCCAUAUCUUUUCAAAGUCCACAGUAAGGUGAGCAAUAAUAAAAUCAUGAUAAAGCCAUAGAGGUUAAGGGAGGAAUGCCUUAGUUACAGGUUUAUCUUGCCCAGACUGCUGGAUAGCAGAAGGGCCUGUGUAGAACUGGUGUGAAGUUGAAGCUUCCUACUCAAAACACAAAAUUAGCCAACAUAAAAAAAAAAAAAUCAAAGCCUCUGGUAGGCAGUAACACUCAAAUAAAAAAGAUUCAUGUCUAAAAUAACAACAGCUUUCUGCAACUUACUCUGUAAAUAAAAGGAGCAGCAAGGAAAUAGGAUCCAGAACUAAGUGCAGAUUCUCCCUACCUUGUUUUUAAUUAAAAGGUAAAUUCAUACCCCAAAAUAGCAGCCAUGCAGUACAUUUCUAUCUUUCCCCUGCAUUUAUCUCUGUCCUGUUUCUUUACACUUUGAGAGUGAUUGGGACCUUUGGCAAAUUUAUGUUGCUUUUGGAGCUGUGGGACUCUGCAGCUCCAGAAGAUUGGCAUUGCAAUCAUUUUUCCAUCAUUUUGGUCUGAGGCAUAGCCCUGCUCAGAAGCCUGAGAGCAGCCUGGCUCUGGUGUGGUCUGUGUGCAGGAGUGAAGGGCAGUUUGUUCAUGGGUUGCUCACACAGCCCUGCUCUGGGCUGGAGAGGGGGCUUUCCUCCCUGCGAUUCCACACAGCUGUUUCACAGCCUGGUGCCAGCAGGAAUCUCUGCUGACAGCUCUCAGAGAGGACAAAGCCCACUUCCCUGGGUGCCAGCACCCACAGGGAGCACUCCCAGCAGCAGCCCCUGUAUUCAGUAUCAGUAGCAUUGGUAACCUGGGCCUCUUGGCCAGGACACUUUGCAGGUGACAGCUCAGUCCUUCCUUUUGUUUCCCAUCAAAUAGUCAAAAUCAGAUACCAAAGAUUAACUUGGGCCUGCAGUGGGCCUAGAGCCACCAUCCUUGACGCCUCUGCCUCAAGAAAUCCGGGCAGUGGAUGGUGCAUCGGGGCACUGCUGGGAGUGAAGGCCUGGAUGGCAUUGCUGGAGCUUUCUUCUGUCCCUAUGAGCUGCAGGCCAGAAUUCAUCCCUGUGGGGAGCUCUCCUGAAGGCAGGAAUUCAGCGUGGAAUGAACCCACUGCAGUCCAAGCAGUGUGUUUGAGCCAGGACACACAUCUCCCAGGAUCACCUGGCACAGCCUCUAAACUCUCUCUCUUUUGAGCAGAGCAGAGGCCCACUUGAGUCUCCACAGGCUGCAAGAAAACAGGAAAAUAAAAUGAGGUAUUGGCCCUCCAGGGUCUCCUGGGCAGCUCAGGGAGCCAGGAAUGAGCUGGGCACUCAGAUGAGAGCUGCUCACUCCAUAACUCCAUACUCAGAGUACUGGUCCGUUUUCUUCUGCCACUGUUGUCAUUCUCCAUUUUUGGAGAUUGUUUCAGAGAGGAGAACCAGUGAUUUAGAGCUACAAAAAUACUUGAAGGCUUAAAGAAGAUUUUUAUAUUGUCUAAAGCCAAGUGACUGAGACUGAUCAUGUCCAUGCAUUUAUAGUUUAGGUUGUCUUUUUAUGCAUCAUUUGCUAUUUACUGUCCAUUUGUUGUUUUUUUUUUUUCACUCACUCCUGACAAUGUGAAGCACAGGAUUGAGGAACUGAUCCAUUUUAAAACAAACCUUUUUUAUUUUUUUCCUUUCUUUCAAGCUUUGUUUUAACCCUGUUCUGGUGGCUGCUCUGUUGUACAGACAUUUGUGCCAGCAAAGGGAAGGGAUGAUCCAGGAAAGGCAAGACUGGUAUAAGCUAGGACUGACACAGAAAGCAUUUGGGAAGUUAAUGUACAGGACACCAUCCACAGCAGUUAAAUGGGAAUUAGUUUGCAUGUGGUGAGCUUGGGCUGAGCCUUAAUAUUAGAGCAACAGAAGGUGGUCUAAAAGUUCAAGGAUUGAUUGUCCACUAAGUAAUCUGAGGUGUGACAUACUUCACAGUUUCCUGGUAAGGAGGUUUGCUGCAGAAGAUGGAUUCUGCACUACAGGAUCAGUGUUUUUAAAGAAUACAUAUUUUCAGCUCUGGAAUUGAGAAAAUGUUUUAAAACUGAAGAAAAUAUACCAAGCCCCACUGUCCCUACCUGAUUCCUACUGCAGUCCCAAAAGUAUCUCUGGGCCAUGCCCGUGUUUUGCCAGUUAAAGUAAAUCAACUACAGAUUGAAAGUUGGAAAGGAAGAUGAAAAAGGUAAUACAGCCUUGAUACUAACCUCAUAUUAACCCCAAGGAUAUCACUGUAUUUGUUAUUUGCUAUUUGUUUUAAUGUACAAUUUAAAAGAGAAAACAAGCUGCUAUAGACCUUCUGAUUUUCCACCCUGCUUCCCCAGAAGGGCCUGAAGUCCAUCUGCCUUUCACAGCAGAGUUCUGCCUAUAGAGGAGCUGAGUGGCCACCUGCAGGGAGGCUUGCUCCUGCUCAGGACAGACAGGAUUUUAGUCAAGCAUGGGGGAAACGAGCAAAAAGAAGUGUGGAGGAUGAGUGCCUGUCCUGGACACAACUGUGUGCCCCUCAAGGGGACACUAAAGAGUCCUGCCCAGUGGGGCUGUGUGGUCUGUGCACUCUUCACUCUGUAAGAGGCAGCCCUAUGGGUAGCCCCAAGUCCUGCCAACCCCUGGAGAAGAGUUUGGCAUGGCCUCUGCAUAGCCCAGAGCAUCUGUUCCAUCAUAGCAUUUCCUGACAGUUUACAUCCAGAUCCAGUUGUUUACAGGGAAAGGAAGAAUGGGAACCGAAUAAUAAAAAUCACUUACUGACAGAAUUUGGAGAGUUUCCUGGGACCACCACCUGGGGAGCAAUCUUUCAUGCUUACUUCAUGCAUGGUAUCUCUUGGGCUUAUGUACACAGAGUUUUUCUGACAAUGAGUGUUACAUCAAGUAUGAUCCAUGUUAUAUUGCUGCUGGGUUAUGACUUUAGUGCUAAUUACCUGCUUUCUGUUAAGUGUCUAAAUAAAAUGUAACUUCCAACCUGGAAGUCAAUGGUA